CUCUCCUGUAGCCACAGAAGGAGGACCGAGAGAGAAUAUCUUUACGUCACAGAUACAGGCUGGACCCAGAUCCCGUAGGCUUUAGCUCCCUGAUUCUCCAGCUGUUGCCCACUUGUUGGUUUUAGACUCUUCUCUUCUUCCUGCUGGGCUCCUGUUUGUCCCUGCCUGUCUGGCUGUUCUGAGCGAUGAAGAUCCCUCUGUGGUACCUGGUGGUGCUGCUGGCAUGUCUCUUCACUCCUGGACGCAGUGACUGCCAAGGAGAAUGUCUGGCCUGCGAUCUGCUCCUGCAGCAGCAGCAGCAGCAGCAAGCCUUCAACACCAUGGUGUGUUUGUUGGAGUGUGAGGGUCAUGUCUCCUCUUCACUCACAUGGGAGGUGUGCAAACGUGCCGUCAAGCUAUCGCACCAUCCUUUUCUUUCUGAGGGAGGCGCUCUGUUCAAGAGAACAGGAGAGGAGAUGGAGCUGACCUCUCUUGACCUGAACUCGGACAGUGAACUGCUGCAGCAGUCUGCAGCCCCAGAGCGCUUCCAGGAGGGGGAUCAGGAUGAGACACCCUUUGAGCAGCGCAGUGUCCAGUAUGACUCAUCACUGCUGGAAUCCUCUGAGGAGGGGGAGGGCCUGCAGGGUCUGGAUCUCAGUAUGGCGGACGAAGAGAGGAAGCUGAGGGAGGAGAGGAAUGUGGAGAGAGACAGCCAGUUAGAAGGGGACGAGGACGACAGCUCACAGGCCAUCACCUUAUCCAAACGCUUUGGUGGCUUUCAGAGGGGGCGGCAUGGAUACAGGAAGCUGAUUGGCUCACCCAUGAGGCCCCUACAAAAGCGCUACGGUGGGUUCAUAGGCGUCCGUAAAUCUGCUCGAAAAUGGAACAGUCAGAAACGGGUGAACCAGCUGCUCAGGCAGUACCUGGGCAUGAGGAGCAGCCGCAGCGGCAGGUUUAACAACAUCCCCGUAACUCGGGUUUGGAGGCAAAACAAACUGUAACGUAUUCCUGUUGCGCUCACUGAAUCCUGCCCCAGUUACCUCAACCAAUCAUGUUUUCGGAAGCUCAUUCCAAUUUGACGUCACCAUCGUCAUCAGAAGAACAGACUUCCAUUUCGCUGCACCUUUCUUUGUGUCUCUAAGUAACAAGGAAUGUUUUGACCGUGAUGUCCUUCUUAUUACACAUAUUUACAUGCCGUCCUGUGAAAUAAAAGAAAUAGAGAAGUGCA